AUGUCUGGCCGUGACACGAUAGACCGUGCCUUUGCGCGCAAUUCGUCAUUGCGGAAAAGGGUAUUCGAGGCAAUCGACGCGACUCCCCAACACGCACCACUAUUCGAGGACAUUGCGAACUAUCACCUAACCUCGCUGGCCGAGGGCGGUGUCGACGACGAGCCGGCCUCCAAAAGGCGCAAAUUCCCCAACGGCGGUGGCGGCGCGGCGACCACAACCACAACCCUCCCCAUCACACCCGCGCACAAAGACCAGCCUCGCGAAGUGGUGCUCGAGGCCCGCGACAUCUCCUUCUCCCUGCCCCAACGCAAGAAGCUACACCUGGGCAUAGCGCAGUAUGGCACCGACAUCAACGCGGCUGAGACCUCGUUCGCCAUCUUCACGCGCAACCCGGCCACGAACGAAGUCGACAUGGAGGUCCCGUUCUCGCAGUUCGCCUACGCGCUGAGGCUGCCCGUGCCGGAAAAGGCCGCCAAACAAUAUAACUUCGUGUUGGUCCCCAGGCAGCAGCCCGGCAGUAGUACCGGCGUUGUCGAACCCAUCAUCUGGACCGUCAACGCGGGGCCCCUGAAAUCAUGCACGAUCCCCAAUGAGCAGCUCGCCAAAGUGGCUGCCGGGCCGGACGACGUGCUGGAAUGCGCCCUCGGGUUCGUGCUACGGCAGUGCAACGCCAGUCUCUCGCUGCCUAAUGCCGACGAGUUCUACAGUGCGACGCCCGAGCCGCAUCGCAAGGGCGACAAGGCGUACCAUGUCAAAGCCCACCGCGGGAGCAAAGACGGGUACCUGUUCUUCUUGAGCAACGGGAUUUUCUUCGGGUUCAAGAAACCGCUCGCCUUCUUUGCGUUUGAGGACAUUGAGAGUAUUUCUUACACAUCCGUGCUGCAACGGACGUUCAAUCUGAACAUUGCGUAUCGAACGAGUGGCGGCGGUGGUGAUGCCGAUGAGAAUCCCAUUCAGGAGGUAGAGUUCUCGAUGCUCGAUCAGGCCGAUUUUGCAGGCAUUGAUGAAUACGUGAAGAGGCACGGUCUGCAGGACGCAAGCCUCGCCGAGGCUCGACGGGCGAAGAAGGUGACGACGAAUCCCAAGUCGAAUUCGACGCAGAAUGGCGAUCCCGCCGGCGAAGGCGAAGGGCAAGGAGAGGACCAAGACACGCGUACCGAGCUGGAAAAGGCGCAACAACAACUCGACGAUGAGGAAGACGAGGAGGAAGAGGACUAUGAUCCCGGCAGCGAGGGCGAAAGCGAGGGAAGUGGCUCCUCCGACGGCGAUGACGACGACGACGACUAUGAGCGGGAAAGGAAGAAGUCAAAGGGCAAAAACCUGCUCAAGGAGGAGCUAGGCAGUGAGGCCGAGGACGUCAGUGUCACCGAGGAAGAGGACGACGGUGAGGAUGAAGAUGAGAACGAGGACGGAGCCGAAGACGAAGGCGGAGGCGACGAGAGAGACGUUGACGAAGAGCAGCACGGGGCCACCGACCGGGAUAGGCACGAAAGGACAGGGCACAACAAUCCCAGUGCACGUCCUGGAAUACCCACCAUCGCAUCAAUCCCCUCCCACGACGGCGGCUGGACGUACCAAGAAGGCAUGCCCGACCCAGACGACGAGGAUCAGCUGUGA